GUUCGUUUUCUCUUCGUUGGUCCUUCUGAGCAUUCACUCUGGCCUCGUCAGUUCGAAACAGCUGGAGGUCUCUUUCGAUUCGAUGCAGGCAACAUCGGUUGAACCGGCACCGAAUGCUGGAGACAGCGAUAUCCACAGCCAAAUGCGUCGCAGUUCGAUAGGACUGCUAGACUGCUGAGUGUAGGUGGUAUAUUGAUGAUGGGACCCACGUAUGCCAUACCUCAAUCAGAGCCAUACACGGGUAUAAGGGCGAGAAAGGUUAUUAUACCGUCAGAAUCGGGUCUCUUUUCUGCAGCGUUUUUCGGGGAGGAGAGACGAUCGCUCGACAAAUAUCUAGGCAGGAUGACCCAAACACGUCAAAAGAAACAUACUCGCGAGGGCGAGAGACAUAAACCCGAACGACAUCAAACGCCUUGAGGGUGGAAAUCUCCCUUUCAGUGCUAUCAAAUUCGCGCUCCAGCCUUCAACCCGAACACCUAGUUAUAGUUUGGGAGAUGGACAUAAAGGAUAACGGGAUGUAUCAGGGACUGUGCGUCAUCCUUGUGUGUCCUACUGUGAAUAUUGUGCUGACUGACUCGCUUUGGCCCCUUCAUUUACAUGCACUCUCCUGCAUCAAAAUUGGCCGUAACCAUAGGUUUCGCAAGAGUACAGAUCCAUCCUCGGGUUUUGGUCAACUCAAACUCGAUGAUGGAGAAGAAAAAUUCCGAAUCCCCUACCCCUCGCACACCACCGACGUGGCCAUGAAACCCCAACCUCACUCGAGCAGUCGGGAUUUUUAUUCACCCAUUCCUGCAGAUGCAACACAACAGCAGUAUCAGGAUCCAUCCAGUUUACCUUGGUAUCCACAUCGAGAAGGCAUUUCGCAACACCAUGUUACCGGAGAAUAUUUACCGUCCGAUGCCCAGAACUGUUACGCCACUCACUCGAGCCCUUAUUCUGGCUAUCACCAUGUUCCGGGCAGCAGAUCUGCGUCUGUGGUUACUCGUCAGGAUCCUGUACGAACCCUUACAAUUACAAGUAGAGGCGACUCUCCAUCUUUCUCAUCGAGUUCCUCACCGACUCCGUCUUCCUCUCGUCGUCGUUCAGGCAGUUCUUGGGCCGUCGUUGGCUUCCAGGAUAUUGGCAUUGCUGAGGCGGAGAGGAUUUUGAGGAAUACACACAACCUCCCAAGUGGGGUUCCUCUUACCCUGCGCUCACUUGCAGAUCCACCACCAGGGAUGAAGCCUCACCAAAGCUACAAUACACUUGCGCAAAUUGCGAUUUGGCAGAGUCCACGAAAGCGGUUGACAUUGCAGGAAAUCUAUGUUGCUAUUGCCCAACGUUUUGCGUUCUAUCGAGACCAUCCGGAUCCCAAGAAGUGGAAGAGCUCUAUCCGGCAUAUGCUCUCCAAUAGGCAUGUAUUUGUGCCGAUACGCGAUCGUGAUCAGAUGAACAGGGGAGGCUAUUGGGAGCUGGAUUUUAAUGAUAUGGAAGGGAGUAGACGAGGGCAGAGACGCAGGAGGAAGCGAAUGUCGGAAGCGGUCAAAAGCGAUAGGGACGAAGAUGCAGACGCAGAUGCAGAUGUAUCCGGAGAGGAAGAGAUGCAACAAGAGGAGAGCGGAUAUUUUACCCCUGCCCCUUCGAUCACUCAGAGUCAGGCUAGCCCUUCCGCUACUACGGUUUCGGGAUCCAGCGAUAGGACUUUCAGGGCUCAGCCUAUUACUUCACGACGUGGAAUGGAGAGGUCAAUGUCGGACUUGAAUUCGCCCGCCCUAUCGGGAGAGAUGUCUGGUCCUGUCCUCCUUUAUGAUCCAACAGGUGGUUCACCGCCAUAUUCCUAUGAAAAUCCGCCCAGAAAUCAACAUGAUUAUCCUGUAUGGACUGAGAACUCAAAUUCAUCGAUGUCUUAUCAAGAAAGUGCAUUUUAUUCAAGUCUGCCUCCGGGUCUUACUCUUCCUCGUGGGUGUACUGCUUUACCACCACCUCCGUCGCCAUUCGCGGUACCUCCAAGUUCGAUGAACAGCCUGGCCCUAGCAAAUCCCCGCUCUUAUUAUUCCUCUGCAUCUGCGGAUCAAAGCAGAGGACAUUCGUCGCAAACAGCCUAUUCUUCGUUCUCAGUGCAUACCGGCGCACCUCAACAGUACGAAACGGCUUUGAAUGGGUCCGAGGAUAGUCGCUAAUGCUUGAGUGCCAGCAUGGUCUCCUUGCAUGAUGCCCCCCGAUAAAUACAUGAUCUUCUAUGCCUCUGUUUGUACAUGUAGCGUACUUUUAGCUUACCGAGUGUAAAAGAAAUUGUAUCACGAGCGCGUUCCGGCAUUUACAACCGAUCAAGCCGGUCAAAGACCUCUCUGUCUUCGC